UCGUCAUCAAACUAAUCGUAGUUUAAUUUUUGUGGUUAUGUUGUUAUCGUUUUCUAAAGAAAGUUAUCAAUAAUUCGAUAACAACCAACUCUUGGACAUGUUGAACGCUCCUUUCACAGAUUUUUAGACAAAAUAAAAUGUCCAUCCUGGAAUACACUGAAAAGUGUGCCGACAACUUAACAACUUCCAGUAAAAAUGAACACAACUGUGAAGUUUGCCCGUACUCCACAACCUCCUUUUUUCUCAUGAUGAACCACAUGAAACGCCACCUAUCAACAAUAAUACUUUUUGACUGUGAAAACGCCAAAGUGGAACCUUAUUUCUGCAAAGAUUGCAACUUUGAAACAGACCUGACACUCGCCUUCAGAAUACACAUCAAGCAAUGCCACAGCGUUAAAAGAGCAAACGACUUUUCUGAAUUCACAAUUCAGAAAUUUAGGUGUGAUAAGUGUGACUUUGAGACAGAUUUUGCAAUAAAUUGGCUGCAGCACGUCGCAAGAUGUUUGAAAAAUGUUGAAAAUAUUCACAUUUCAAGUGAGAACAGUGAUAAAAGUUUUGCUACGUGGUACAAGUGUGAUGAGUGUGAAUACAAGACUGCAUACAAGUCUAGUUUACGUAGACACAGAAUUUCAAAACAUUUAAACGACGAUGAAAUACCGUGGUUUUACUGCCCGAAAUGUCUGUACAAAAGUAAACAAAAAUGCUCUUUGAACACCCACAUAAACGUGCACCAUUUGAACGACGAGGAGAUUAAGUGGUUUCAAUGUCACCACUGCCCCUACAAAACCAAGCGCAACUGUGAUUUAAAAAAUCACAUAAAUGCGCUGCAUUUGGACGAAAAAGAUAUUAAAUGGUAUGAAUGCAAAAAGUGUUCAUACAAAGCUAAAAACAGUUCGCAUUUACGAAGACACAUAAAAGUGCGGCAUUUGGGUGAACAGGACAUUAAGUGGUAUGAAUGCAAACAGUGUCCGUACAAAGCUAAAGACAGUUAUAGCGUAAAAAAGCACAUAAACGCUCGCCAUUUACAAGAACAAGAUAUUAAGUGGUAUGAGUGUAAAAUCUGUCCAUACAAAGCUAAACAAAAGUCGAGUUUAGAUAGACACAUAAAUGCGCGCCACCUAGAGGAGCAGGAUGUCAAAUGGUACCAGUGUAAAAAGUGUCCAUACAAAGCUAAACAGAGUUCGAAUUUAAAAAGCCACAUAGUUGCACGUCAUUCAGAAGAACAGAAAGUCUCCAUUGUGAAUAUUUCUUUUUUCUAAAUUUUUAAAACUUUUUUUGUUAGGAAUGACGUUUGUCGCAUGAUUUCAAUUUUGAACUUGAAUCUGAAAACUAGGUAUUUGGUAUGUUUGAAAAAAAAAAAAAAAAAAUUGUCAAGUUGGCCUUAAUUUUUGUAAACACUGUGAAGUAUGUCUACAAUUAACCUAAAAUUUAAUCGACGACAGCUGACAAUGCGGAAUUGUCAGUACACAACAAUGUGGGUUAAUAAAAGACAUGCAGUUUUCACUACGUUUUCUUCUAUCAAAAAAGCAACGCCACCUUGAUGACUUUUCAGUUAAAGACCCGUUAUUUAUUUCAUAGUACUGUUGCACAAGUACACACUUGUUUUCUUAUUAUUGUUUACACACGCAAUUUUUAUUUCGUCGUUCAGUUCAUUUUCGAGCGAAUGUAGAUUUGACAUGUUAAAUGGCGUGAAGGUUGAAUAAAAUGUCGGACUUUG